AACAAAGGCCGCACCACUAAAACCGAUGUCGAUCCCGCGCCUAGAGCUGCAGGCGGCCGUCCUUGGAGUGCGCUUGAAGCGUUGUAUUAUUGAAGGACAUACUAUUCCCAUUUCGAGAUGCGUUUUUUGGUCCGAUUCCAGCACAGUUCUUGCUUGGAUCCGAGCAGAUCAUCGUCGUUACAAGCAAUUUGUUGCCUUCCGUAUCGGCGAAAUCCUUGAUUCUACAGAAGUGAACGAAUGGCGGUGGGUACCAUCCAAGCUCAACCCGGCGGAUGCUGCGACGAAGUGGGGAAAGGGACCGCAAUUUGACAUGAAAGGCUCGUGGUUUAAAGGACCAGAUUUCCUUAAAGAUGAUGAAGAAAGGUGGCCAAAGUGCCAUAUACUUGCACCGACUACGGAGGAAGAAAUGCGGUCCCUUCAUCUGCAUCAUGGAAUAGCACUACCCAUUAAGGUGAUUGAUGUCGGAAGAUUUUCGAAAUGGAAUCGUAUUCUACGUACAAUGAGCUACGUUUACCGCUAUCUUGGGAAUUUGCAUCUAAAAGUGAAAGGCCAGGCUCCGAUUUCUGGGCAUCUUACUCAGGACGAAAUGAGAAAGGCUGAGAUCUCGUUAAUUAGAAUGGUACAGUGGGAGACCUUUCCCGACGAACUGGUCACACUCACCCAAAAUUCGAAGGUUCCGUUGGAAGAGCGAAAGCCGAUCGAAAAAAGCAGUGCCAUCUACCAGGAAUCACCAAUGAUAGACGAAUUCGGAAUUCUUCGCAUCGAUGGUCGAAUAAAGUCAGCCGAAAGUGCACCAUAUUCUGCUAAAUUUCCCAUCAUUCUCCCCAAACAACAUGAAUUAACAAAAUUAAUCAUCAACCAUUAUCACCAUAUCUAUCGACACGCCAAUUCAGAAAUCGUAUUUAAUGAAUUGCGACAACGAUACUAUGUACCCCAACUACGGGCCGCAGUGAAGAGGGUAGCUAGAGAUUGUCAAUGGUGCAAAAUAUCAAAAACUCGUCCAAAGGUUCCGAUGAUGGCUCCUCUCCCGGGUGCACGACUGGCGUCAUUUGUCCGUCCGUUCAGUUACGUGGGCCUUGAUCUUUUUGGCCCCCUGCUCGUGAAGGUGGGAAGAAGUCAGGCUAAGAGAUGGGUGGCAUUGUUUACAUGUUUGACCAUAAGAGCAGUCCACGUCGAACUAGUUCAUAGUCUAACUACAGAAGCCUGUGUGAUGAGUGUCCGUCGCUUCGUCAGCCGGAGGGGUGCACCCGUAGAGAUUCACUCCGACAACGGCACUAACUUUCAAGGAGCAAGCCGCUUGCUGCAGGAUCAGAUUAGCAAACUCAAUGAAGAGUUAGCAGCCACGUUUACAAAUUUAGCGACGAGAUGGAUGUUUAUACCACCAGGUGCACCUCACAUGGGUGGGCCCUGGGAGCGGAUGGUACGAUCGGUAAAAACAGCGAUGUUAGCGGCUAAUUCGGUCCGAACCCUGGAUGACGAAGCUCUGUUAACGUUGGCAGUCGAAGCUGAAGGAAUUGUCAACUCGAGACCGCUAACGUACCUCCUGUUGGACUCCGAAGAACAGGAAGCUCUCACUCCUAAUCACUUCCUUCUUGGAAGUUCCAGCGGAGCAAAGCAACCAGUAGUGGAACCUAUAACCACAACAGCAGCACUCCGAAGUUCCUGGAAUCAAAUUCAACAACAAGUGGAUACUUUCUGGCAUCGAUGGGUGCGCGAGUAUCUGCCAACACUCACACGACGUACGAAGUGGUUCGGCGAUGUGAAACCGAUCGCAGUGGGGGACUUGGUGUUCGUGGUGGAUGAUGUUAGAAGGAACGGUUGGAUCCGGGGACGUGUGCAACAUGUAGUGACGGGGCAAGAUGGUCGAGUGAGACAGGCUGUGGUACAAACUAGUAAAGGUCUUAUGCGUCGUCCAGUAUCGAAGCUGGCACUGUUGGAGGUUUCUCAAACCAGUAAAACUGAACCCGGAACUGCCGGUACCCAGUGUUACGAGGGGGAGGAUGUUGGAUACUGGGCGCCCUGUCCGAUCACUCGUAAAUGCACCACGAGGGUUUAGAUUGUCAGGUGCUGUCUCGGUUGACGUCCUACAAGCGGAAGCGGACAACUGUCAUCAUUCUCGUUGGAAACCAGAACGGAGUGGAGUUAAAACGUGUAGUAAUAAUUUAUUAACGCAUUUUUUCCAUAUAAACUAAAUUUGUUUCUACUUAUAGUUAAAUUGAUUACUACUAAACUACUAAAACUAAAUUGAUUAUAACCUAAAACUUACUUGCUACACUAAAUUUCUUAAAGCUAUUCGCACAAAUUAACCUGGAUUUUAUUGCGAUUGCUAAAAAGAGUUAGUGUGCGGCAAACAUCA